AAUCAAAAGAAUGAAUGAUUGAUACAUGCCUGAGAGCAAACUGGGCUUCCUCUGGCUCUUUCGCUACAUCGUCCCCCACUAUGUCGCAAACGGAACCUGUAUUUCGUGUAGCACUGCGAGGUAGCGCUCUCCUCACCGAUCCUCGAUGGAACAAAGGUACUGCGUUCACCAAUGAAGAACGUAAAGUGUUCGGCCUUACAGGUCGGCUACCUUACCGCGUUAACACCUUGGACGAGCAAAUCGCCAGGGCGUACGCUCAGUUAGAGUCCCACAAACAUGACCUCAGGAAGAACACGUUUCUUCAGAGCAUGAGGGAACAGAAUUGGGUGUUGUACUACAGCCUGAUCGGUAGCCACUUGAGGGAGUUGAUUCCAAUCAUAUACACCCCCACUGAGGCCGAGGCCAUUGCUAACUACUCCCAUCUCUUUCGAAGGAGUGAGGGACUAUACAUGACGUUUCCCGACUUUGACUCUAUGGAAGAGGAUUUUUUGGAGCAAGUGAAGGGUCGAGACAUCGACCUGGUAGUUUGCUCGGAUGCAGAAGCAAUCUUAGGGAUUGGUGACCAAGGCGUCGGGGGCAUUGGGAUUGCUACCGCGAAAUCGGCCAUCUAUACAUUACUCGCUGGCAUGGACCCAUCCAAAACGCUCAGUGUCACUCUUGACGUCGGCACAGACAACGAAGAUCUCCUCAACGACCCUUUAUAUGUAGGGUGGCCUCACAAACGGAUCCGAGGCGAAGAGUAUGAUCAAUUCAUUGACAAGUUUGUGCAGCUAGUGCGCAAGUACACGCCUCACUCACUCUUGCAUUUCGAAGACUUUGGUGUCACAAACGCGUACAGGCUCCUUGACAAAUAUCGAGACCAACAUGCUUGUUUUAACGAUGAUGUACAAGGAACAGGCGCGGUCACCUUAGCCUGCGUGAUGUCCGCUCUCGGCGUCACCAAAUCGAAACUCGCGGACCAAAGAUUUGUUAUCUAUGGCGCAGGUUCAGCAGGGCUCGGUAUCGCUCGCCAACUUCGUGACGGUGUCGCCACCACGAACAAUCUUUCUAUUGAAGAAGCCAACAAGAGGUUCUACCUUCUAGACAAAUUCGGUUUGAUCAAAGAGUCACUCGGUGCAGAGAAGAUUCGAGACGCUGUUCGCGAGUUCACCCGGCCUGACCAGGAAUGGGAAGGCGUGCCUACGAACGAGAAAGGUGAGGUGGGCUUGUUAGAAGUCGUGAAGAAGGUGAAGCCCACUGUGUUGAUUGGGUGCUCGACGCAUGCUGGCGCGUUCACCGAGGAAAUCAUUCGUGAAAUGGCCAAGGGCACCGAUAGACCGAUAAUUUUGCCGCUUUCGAACCCAAGUAGAUUGCAUGAGGUCAAACCUCAAGAUGCGAAUGACUGGACGAAUGGCAAGGCGUUGAUCGCCACAGGUAGCCCGUUCCCUCCAAUCAAGCAGCCAAAUGGGAAAGAGUACAUUGUCGGCGAAUGCAAUAAUGCAUUAAUAUACCCUGGCCUCGGCUUCGGCGCGAUGAUUUCUCGAUCCCGCGCACUUACUGAUUCAAUGAUUGUAGCAGGCACCCAAAGGUUAGCAGAACUUUCGCCCGCCCUCAAGGACCCUGAUGAUGCGCUGCUUCCCGACUUCGGGGACUCGCCUGCGGUAAACCUUGAGGUGGCGAUUGCUGUCGCUGAGCAGGCCAUUGAGGAAGGUUCUGCCGGUGUUGAUUGGAAGAAGGAAGAAGUGAGGGGAAAGGCCAAGGGAAAGCAAUGGAAGCCGCUUUAUGGACAGUAUGAAUAUGAUCCAAAUGGAGAGCAGUAAAUAAGACCAAGUACACUGAGGUCAAUGUAUCAUUAGCUAGCACUACUCGAUAUUGAAAAAAGUAUAGCACAACAAACAAGACAGUCCGUAGAGUCCGAAGUUAUAAACAAACACGGGAUUAUAAUACGAAGAAUAAUAAAAAAACAUGUAAAUUGGGCACGAGUCCAGCCUAAACAAGAGAGCCACGCAUGCCAUCGCCGCGACGAGAGGCAGAGAUCCCUCUCCAGAUAGCAAUGAAUAAGGCGAAGGUCACCAGGAUC